UCCAGCUGGUGCCCUUGAAGUCAUCAUGAUGUGGUACCCACCAGCCACCCUCUCUCUGUUCCUGCUGCUGCUAGGCCAGGCCCCUCCCAAUAAGUCACAGUCACCAGGCACCAAGACGCUCCGACUGGUGGGCCCAGGGAGCAGGCCAGAGGAAGGCCGCCUGGAGGUGCUACACCAGGGCCAGUGGGGCACCGUGUGUGACGAUGACUUCGCUCUCCAGGAGGCCAUGGUAGCCUGCCGCCAGCUGGGCUUUGAGUCUGCCUUGACCUGGGCCCACAGUGCCAAGUACGGUCAAGGGGAGGGUCCCAUCUGGCUGGACAAUGUGCGCUGUCUGGGCACCGAGAGCACUCUGGACCAGUGUGGGUCUAAUGGCUGGGGUGUCAGUGACUGCAGCCACUCAGAAGACGUCGGGGUGGUGUGCCAUCCCCAGCGCCAGAGUGGCUUCCUCUCUGAGAGGGUCUCCAAUGCCCUCGGCCCCCAGGGCCGGCGGCUGGAGGAAGUGCGGCUCAAACCCAUCCUUGCCAGUGCCAAGCGGCACAGCCCGGUGACUGAGGGUGCCGUGGAGGUGCAAUACGAGGGCCACUGGCGACAGGUGUGUGACCAGGGCUGGACCAUGAACAACAGCAGGGUGGUGUGCGGGAUGCUGGGCUUCCCCAGCCAAGUGCCUGUCAACAGCCACUAUUACAGGAAAGUCUGGAAUUUGAAGAUGAAGGAUCCCAAGUCUAGGUUAAAGAGCCUGGCAAAUAAGAACUCCUUCUGGAUCCACCGGGUCAGCUGUCUGGGGACAGAGCCUCACCUGGCCAACUGCCAGGUGCAGGUGGCUCCAGGACGGGGCAAACUUAGGCCAGCCUGUCCAGGUGGCAUGCAUGCUAUAGUCAGCUGUAUUCCUGGGCCCCGCUUUCACUCACCAAAGGGGAAGCCCCGGCGCAAGGAGCCCCGGGCAGAGGAGCUGAAGGUGCGCCUGCGCUCCGGGUCCCAGGUGGGCGAGGGCCGGGUAGAAGUGCUUGUGAACCGCCAGUGGGGCACCAUCUGCGACCACCGAUGGAACCUCAUCUCUGCCAGUGUUGUAUGUCGCCAGCUUGGCUUUGGAUCCGCACGCGAAGCCCUGUUUAGGGCCCAGCUGGGCCAAGGGCUUGGGCCCAUUCACCUGAGUGAAGUGCGCUGCAGGGGUUACGAAUGGACCCUCAGUGACUGCCUCGCCUUGGAAGGGCCCCAGAAUGGCUGUCAACAUGAGAAUGAUGCUGCCGUCAGGUGCAACAUCCCAGAUAUGGGCUUCCAGAAUCAGGUGCGCUUGGCAGGUGGGAGAAGCCAGGAGGAGGGUGUGGUGGAGGUGCAGGUGGAGGUGAAUGGGAUCCAACGCUGGGGGACCGUGUGCAGUGACCACUGGGGACUCACCGAGGCCAUGGUGGUCUGUCGACAGCUCGGCCUGGGUUUUGCCAACUUUGCUCUCAAGGAUACCUGGUACUGGCAGGGGACACCAGAGGCUGGAGAGGUGGUGAUGAGUGGAGUGCGCUGCUCAGGGACAGAGUUGGCCCUGCAGCAGUGUCAGAGGCAUGGGCCCGUGCACUGCUCCCAUGGCACCGGGCGCCUUUCAGCAGGAGUCUCCUGCACCAACAGUGCUCCAGACCUGGUGAUGAAUGCCCAGCUGGUGCAGGAGACGGCUUACCUGGAGGACCGCCCACUCAGCCUUCUGUACUGUGCCCAUGAAGAGAACUGCCUUUCUCAGUCUGCUGACCAUAUGGACUGGCCCUAUGGACACCGGCGCCUAUUGCGCUUCUCCUCACAGAUCUACAACCUGGGCCGGGCUGACUUUCGCCCCAAGACUGGGCGCCACAGUUGGAUUUGGCACCAGUGCCAUAGGCACUACCACAGCAUCGAGGUCUUCACCCACUACGACCUGCUCACACUCAAUGGCUCCAAGGUGGCUGAGGGGCACAAGGCCAGCUUCUGUCUAGAAGACACAAACUGUCCCACAGGACUGCAGCGGCGCUAUGCGUGUGCCAACUUUGGGGAACAGGGAGUGACUGUAGGCUGCUGGGACACCUACCGGCAUGAUAUUGAUUGCCAGUGGGUGGAUAUCACAGAUGUUGGCCCAGGUGACUACAUCUUUCAGGUGGUUGUGAAUCCCACAAGUGAGGUGGCAGAAUCUGAUUUCUCCAACAAUAUGAUGCGCUGCCGCUGCAAGUAUGAUGGGCAGCGGGUCUGGCUGCACAACUGCCACACAGGAGAUUCAUACCGAGCCAAUGCAGAACUCUCCCUGGAGCAGCAACGACUCAGGAACAACCUUAUCUGAAGCCAUCACUG